GAACUUUUGCCCUUAUAUUUCUUAAUUGUACCAUUAAGUGUAACUAGAAACUAGUGAAAAGUUCAUGUAGCAAAAUGUCGGUGAUAUUUGGCAGCAUCCUCUGUUGCUGUUUGACCUUAUUGCAUGCCUUCCUUUUUGAUCAGAAAAACCUUCCCGAUUGCACACCAGACGAAGUUCGACAACAUUGCCAUGAUAGAGCUGUAAAAUGUACUCGUUUAGAUUACACUCACCCUAUAUACUAUUGUAUUGAAUGCCAACCUGGCUUUCAUGGAAAUAGAUGUGGACAAGGUUCAUCUCUUACCUCAAUGUUACCGCCAACAGCUGCAACACAAGCGGUCCAGACAACUAGAACCCCACUGACGCAGACAUCAACAACGAAAACCGCCCCCGAAGUCCACCAGUAUUGCAACAGGUAUUCAGUUGUGGCUGAUUUGUCACAUGGCCAGCCCGUAUCCAAUGGUUUCGCUCCACAUUGUCCGUCCGGAUCGUACGCUUCGACGGAAGCUUUUGUAUUAAACAAUUGCAAUGUAAGCACCCCUGACAUGUGGCAUCAAGGAAAGCAGGUUAUGAGUGAUUGCAACUCCAUUCCGAAGUUUACGGCAGUUGGAACGUACCUGCAUGGCUAUUAUCCUCUUGGCACUGGCUUAUCAGGCGUGCUCCUCGAAUGCCUUCCCAACGGGUUUUCGAUUGCCCUUCAAGUCGACUGCGACCAAACGCCAGAAGUCCGAACUGUUGUGCAAGGUGGUCUUGGAUUCCUCGACCCAAACUACUACUACACAAUUGCUUAACACUCAGCUAAACUCGUUUCAUUUUCUUGUAAUUUUGUUUUAAAAUAAACAACACGUUGUUUUGUGUUAA